AUGGGAAAGUUGAAAGAAAUUUUGUGUUUCUGUUUUUGUUGUGGGGAGAAAAAUGCGUCAAGUGAUAUUGAGAAUUUAAAUAGUUCAAGUGAAACUGAUCGUUCAGUGGAAAAUCAGCAAAGAGUUAUUAAAAGAUCAAUCGGAGUGCAAGCUGAAAUUACGGUGACUCAUGCUAGAAAUGAAUCCCCAACAAAUCAUUUAAAUGAAAAAUCAAAUGAUACGAUAAAUGUUUCAUACAAAUUGGGGACGAAAAUUACAAAUUUUGAUGGCAUCGAUUACUUUAAAGGAAAUUUCGGAAAACGAACUGUGACAAUUAAAAGAAUUCUUCAUUCGCUUUACAAUACAAAUGAAAUUGAGAGAUUAAAGAUUUUGGAUGAUCAUGAAAAUAUUCUGCGAUAUUUUAAUACUUUCAAAGAUAAUUUCUAUUUCUACAUCAUAAUGGAUGAGUUUGGUGUAUCAUUGGAACAGUUUGUCUUUAAUAAAAUUAAUCAAAUCGCUGGUCUGGAAGAGAAUCUUAUGCAACAGUUGACAUCAGUUGUAGGAUUUAUUCACAAAAAAGAUAUUUAUUCGCUGAAUUUGAAUGUAUUCAAUAUACAAUCUCAAAGAAGAAACGACCAAUUUAGGAAGCAAUAUGAUUGUUUUUAUAUUGCAAAGUUUUGA